UUCCUGUACGACGAUUUCAGCCACUGCCGGCUGACGCGGCGCACACGGAAGAUCUGACACUGGACCGAUCGCAGACCGAUUACAGUAUCCCGCGGGCAACACUCGCGAUCGCAACGCAGAGAGUCUCUCCCCUGUCUCUCCCUUUGGUAACACGCGUGUUCAGUCAGUAUCAGCCGCGUUUAAACAAUCACGGACUAUCAUCGGCGAUCCUUGCCCUCGUGCACCAGCUCCCGAGAUCAUCCGCCCGGAAGAUCAUCGGUUCCGCCGUGAUUCCGCCGUGUCUGGGAAAUCUCGCCGCUGGACUAUCGAAACUCUACCCUGAGACCCUGAGAAAGCCUGCCGUGCGAAACGUGCUCGGUCGGCUGAGAAUCCAAGGAGGAUUUCCGCGGAGAGCCGCCGAAGAGUCGUCUCAGAUCGCGUCCGAGCCCGAAGACGAUACGAUAUUGCUCCGCCGGCGGUGAGCGCGAAACUACGCUUCGCGCGACCAUCAAGAGUGCUCACAGGAAGUGCAGUGUGUAAAAACAAAUCAGACUCAUUCCGCUCAUCGACGACGAGGUGUCGUCGCGCUAUCACAGAUCGGCUCGCUCGCGGCUGUUUCGAAGGCGCCGGAAACUUCCACAUGAGGUUCCAUCGUCGGAUCUAGUGAGAUACUGUGUUAUGUCUCACAAUCACUUUUGCGUUUGAAACGACGCUACUCGACAAUCAGCUGGAGUGCGCACACGAGUAAAGAACACCGAGAGAGAGAGAGAGAGAGAGAGAGAGAGAGAGAGAGAGAGAGAGAGAGAGAGAGAGAGAGAGAGAGAGAGAGAGAGAGAGAUUACGAGUGGGCCCUCCACAUAAGCCCACAAACAUGACAGAGGCAUCACGGGAUCCUGAAGUAGCUGAUUCAGAAAACCCUGACAACGGUAGGACAGCGUUGAAUCUGACUUGUUCGACGACCAAUAAGAGCAAACCUCUUCCGGAUCGUGGGACAUGGAGCACCAAAUUGGAUUUCAUCCUCAGUGUGGUUGGCUUGGCGAUCGGUCUCGGCAAUGUCUGGCGAUUCCCAUACCUCUGCUAUAAGAAUGGCGGUGGUGCCUUCCUCAUCCCCUAUUUUCUGACGUUGUUCCUCGCUGGUAUUCCCAUGUUCUUCAUGGAAUUAGCUCUCGGCCAGAUGCUCACGGUGGGCGGCCUCGGAGUUUUCAAGAUAGCACCCCUCUUCAAGGGCAUCGGUUACGCCGCGGCCGUUAUGUCCUGCUGGAUGAACGUCUACUACAUCGUCAUUCUAGCUUGGGCGAUUUUCUAUUUCUUCAUGUCGAUGCGCAGCGAAUUGCCUUGGGGAAGCUGCAACAACUAUUGGAACACCAAGAAUUGCGUGAACCCUUACGACAGGAGCUCAUUGAUCUGCUGGAGCCAGGUUUCAGCGAGAAACCACAGCGUCGUCAAAAUGUGCACGGUCAAUCAGGUUAAUCUGACAGUAACGGAGCUGACGGAUCCUGUGAAGGAGUUUUGGGAACGUCGAGCGUUGCAGAUCAGCGAAGGUAUAGAAUACGUAGGCAAUAUCCGAUGGGAAUUGGCGGGCACGUUGCUGUUGGUGUGGAUACUCUGUUACUUUUGCAUCUGGAAGGGCGUCAAGUGGACUGGCAAAGUCGUCUACUUUACUUCUCUCUUCCCAUACGUGUUGCUUACUAUUCUCCUAAUACGUGGUAUUACGUUGCCCGGCGCAAUGGAGGGCAUUCGAUUCUACAUCAGUCCAAAUCUGUCUAAGCUCCGGGAGUCCGAGGUGUGGAUCGACGCAGUGACGCAAAUUUUCUUUUCGUAUGGACUCGGCCUCGGUACCCUGGUAGCUCUUGGCAGUUAUAACAAAUUCACCAAUAACGUCUACAAAGACGCGCUGAUAGUCUGCUCGGUUAAUUCAUCCACCAGCAUGUUCGCGGGCUUCGUGAUAUUCUCGGUGGUGGGUUUCAUGGCACACGAGCAGCAGAAACCGGUAGCCGAAGUAGCCGCUUCCGGACCGGGCUUGGCUUUCCUCGCUUAUCCCUCCGCGGUUCUUCAGUUGCCGGGCGCGCCACUCUGGUCGUGCUUGUUCUUCUUCAUGUUACUGCUCAUCGGACUUGACUCCCAAUUCUGUACUAUGGAGGGCUUCAUCACGGCUAUGGUGGAUGAGUGGCCUCAGCUGUUACGUCGUCGUAAAGAACUCUUUAUCGCUCUCGUGUGCGCCCUGUCCUAUCUUAUCGGAUUGUCGUGCAUCUCGCAGGGUGGCAUGUACGUCUUCCAAAUUCUCGACUCGUAUGCCGUCUCCGGCUUCUGCCUAUUAUUCCUCAUCUUCUUCGAGUGUAUAUCGAUCAGCUGGGCGUUCGGCGUCAGUCGAUUUUACGACGCUUUGCGCGAUAUGAUAGGAUAUUACCCUCUUAUGUGGUGGAAAUUCUGCUGGACUGUUACCACGCCGAUGAUCUGCGUUGGCGUGUUCGUCUUCAAUCUGGUUCAGUGGACACCUGUGAAGUAUUUGGACUAUGAAUAUCCUUGGUGGUCACAUGUAUUAGGUUGGUUUACGGCUCUGUCCUCUAUGCUCUGUAUACCUGGAUAUAUGGUCUACGCUUGGAUGACUACGCCGGGCGAUAAUAGUACGAAAUUCAAAUUGCUGAUCCAGAUAGAAGAUGAUGUUGCAACCCUGCGGACGAAGAUGGGUCAACCGCCAGUCGAACUAUCGUCCUUAUAAUUUUUCUUCGGUCAGCAGCAAGCUCGCAUAGUUCGAUGAUAUAGUUGUUUAUUAUGACCUUGUAAAAGUGAGUGGGAAUAGGAAUUUAUUCUGUAAAGUCGCAAACUCUUAAGUUUUAAGAUUGAGGAAUAACUUAGAGUUUUUUAAAUGUUUUUUCAUUCUCCCUAUUUUAUAGGAAUUUUUUAAUUUCUUUGACGCAAGUAAAUUACUUAAUUUUUUAGUAAAAAUUAUACACAUUGGACAUUCAUUUUCGUAUGUUUUUUACAUUUUCGUACGUUAUUUUGCAAAAAAAUUAAGAGACUAUUUAUAUAACGUGUAGAAAAGCGAAGUAGAUGUUAUCAAGAAGAAACACAGAAAGGCACAGAAGCGCGAUCUAAUUGUUUCUAAAGCGAUUUUUUAUUUUAAAGACUAGUAAUAUGAUUUUAAAGGAUAAAUUCCUGUCAAUUCCCUUUAAUCCACUUGCAAGAUACGAUCACGCGGCCGCGAUAGGUCUGUCGAAGUCUGUUGUUCUUGAUUGAAGAUUGACGCGCGACUCGACUCGAUUCGACUCGACGCCAGGCGAAGAGCCAGCAAUCAAACGAAUGCCGGAAACGUACCCGACACUGCCCUCGGCCCCCCUACACCCUCUCAAAAAAAGCUUCGCUGGCUUUGUACAUAAAUUAUUUAUUUGUCAUCGUAGCGAUUAUCGAUAAUGUGUCCGCGCAUAUCGCGGUAGCCUUAGACGUGUUCGCACUUACGUGUUACGCCCGUACUUUCGUAUCAAUUUAAUGCAUUACGCGCUAAGUGCGUCUCCCUUCGAGGAUGUGUCAAAUGUCAACUCGAAAUAAACCGUCGCCAGGUGAGACCAUAUCUGAAGAGAAUAUACAAUUCCUCACGACCUAGUCGUACUUCACAGCUCGGUCGCGCGACGGUUCGGGAUACGCGGGGCGUUUUCUUCCGUAACAUGUAAUUUCAUUAUCACGAGAGUUGUUGCAAGCACAACAACGUAGCUGUAGUCGUUGAAAGCCGUCGUUAGAAAAAAAAAAGAAACGAC